AUGAAUAAUUUUUAGUAUUUAUUUUUAUUUUAUAAAACAUAUAACAUCCAAAAGGCUUUAUAAUGUAUAGAAAUUAAAUAACAAAAGGAUUGCGUCUAAGACCUUUAGUCAUAUUAGAAGUCGUCCUUAAUCAGGGAUAAUAUACGAUACUAAAAAACUUGAAAAGGUGUCUCCUAAUGGUUUAAAAAUGGUAAUUCCUGGAGUAGGAGAAUCGAAUGAUUUAGAUAAAUUUGUAUUGAAACCAUCUCCUAAUAAAUUUAGAACACUAUCUACAAGAAAAACUAAUAUAAUUAAUGAUAGUUCAGUUACGCAAAGUAAAACUAAUCAUACAGAAAUUGUAAAGUAUUAUUUCAAACUAUUCAUAUAGAAAUUCACCUGUUGUGUAAGACUUGAGCAAAAAAAUACCAGUUAACAUGACUAAAGAUAAAGUAAAUAAAUCGAUUUAAAAAACUAGGAUGAUUUAUAUGCAGAAACUGUCUAUUUGAAAGAUAUUAUAAAUAAGUUAACUUAAGAAAACUAUGAUCUAAAAGCAAAAAUGAGGUUUUUAAAUAAAAAUACUGAGCGAAUGUAAACUGUUGUGUAAAAUGUGGGAGGAUAUUUGCAAUAAAAAUACGUUGCUGACAAGUAGGAUUUAGCAUUGAUGACUAAAUUGGGAAUCAGUGAAGUAUCAAUUAUAAAUUAAAUUCUUAUAGAAUUUGCUGACUAUAACUUUGAAGAAGUAAAUCAAAGAAUUGAGAACUAUGAUUAAAUAAUAGAAUGAAGAAAUAUAAAAUCUGAAACAUGAUAUUAAAUAUACUAAAAUUUAAGAAUUGGAAAAAGAAAUUAAUGUAUUUUAGGAGGAGACUCUUAGAUUAAGGACGCUAUUAGAAUAAUCUCAAAGAAAUGAAUAGAUCAUUUAAAUGACUCAUGAUUUUAAUUAAUUUGAGGAGAAAUUUUACAUCUAAAUGCAAAUCAUUAAUUCUCUAAAACAGGAAAACUCAUUUUAUUAAGGUUAAAUCUCCAUUGAAUAGGAAGAAAAGUUUAAGCUCCAAAAUUAAAUAGACACAGAUUAAAAAGUUCUUAACAAAUAAAAACAGGUGAUUGAUGAUCUUCAAUAGACUCUGAAAGACAAAUUAGCUUAUAUUGAUGGACUCUAACAGGAAUUGGAUGCAUAUAAGGAUACAAAUUAGAAUUUAAUUUAGAAAGCAAAUAAGUUAGAUAACAAUCAAUUAAGAAUUAUAGGGUUAGUUAAAAUUGAGUAGGAAUUAAGAAAGGAAUUAUAAUAGAAAACGAGGGAUAUUGAAUAUUUAGAUAAAACCACAACUGAGUUGAAAUAAAAAUUAAAUGAAAAAUCAUCGAUGGAAGCAAAAAUUAAAGAUUAAUUACAAGAAGAAUUGAAAAAACUUAAGUUAGCUUAUGAAGAACUGGAUGAAAAAUAUAAGCAUUUGUUGCUCAUUAAUGCUUAGUCUAGGUUGAAAGAGACUGCACCGUCCAUUUAGCAUAAGUUGGCUCCAACAGCUGCUACUCUUAAUAUAAAGACAUAGAGACCAUUGAAUUAAAAUAAUACUCCAGAUAGUAUCAAUUAAGACAAAAAUUAAUAAUAAUAAAAGUUUAAGGUUAUAAAAAAAGAUGACGUAGAUCAUUUAGGAUUAGAAUUAAAUUAUAGAUUAAGAACUAAAAAGAUAACAUUACCAGAUGCAAUGGAAAGAUAUUUAUUUGACAAUAAAAACAAGAAGACUGGAGAGAUUAAACUAAAAGAGAUCUCGGAAAGAUUAUAAAGAGAGCCUUUUUUAUUAAUUGAUGAAGAUUCGGCUCUAUUGGUUGCUCGAUACCUCACUGAAGAUAAUUCUUAAGAAUUCGUUGUUUACAAUGAUUAAUUGGCCUAAUCUACAACAAUUGUAAGAAGCAUUUUGUAAAAGUUGGUUGGGAACUUUGAAAUCAUGACAGCUGAAAUUGAAACUUAGAAAACAAAGGAAAUAACUCAAGUAUAGAUAUUUAUUUAGAUAAUUAGGUUAUUAGCAAAUAUAAAAAUAGUUUGAAAUAAUAUUUCGAUUAAUUACCAAGUAAAUAUGAAGGAUUAUUAGAGAGAAAACAAAUAAUUGAAACAUUUGAAUAUAUGGAUAUCGAUUUAACUCCUGAACAAUAUGAUUUCCUAUUUUUAAGAUUAUUCUCCUACUCUAACAACACAUAAAUAUUCCCUUAUAUAAGAAUAUUUGAAAUCUUUUAAGAAAUUUAAAUAGAGAGAAGUAAAUAAUCAAUUAUAAUUAUUUAGUUGACAGUGACAAAAAGAAGAAGUCAAGGAAAAAAGACUUUAAAGACUAAGGAGAUAAUAAAAAUAAGAAAGUAGAAAUAUUUACAAGAAGAUAAUCCAUGGAAUUAGCAAAUUGA